AUGACCGAGGUCGUCCAGCCCGUGGAUAUAGCCCCACCGCCCGUCAACGCGCUCGUGCGGGGCGAACUCGCCGAGUUCAUCGACUACCAGUCCUUCACGCAGGACACCACGGAUCGCGAGGACCACAGCUUCUGCGGCGUCUUCUUCGACCUCUCCCCAUCCGACGAGCUCCCCUUGUCGUACGUCGAGGUGACGUCCAUAUGGGUCCGCGGCGACCUCGGACCGUGCACGAUAUGGACCACCCCCGACGGCCACGGCGGCGUGCCCGGUCCGAACAGGCCGAACAGUAAGGUGUACGAACAGGACGCGUGGAGGUGCGUGUACGAGCGCGACCACGGCCCAUCCUUCGACGAGUUCGUCGAGAUGCGAUUCGACGAGCCCGUGCGGUUGGAACGAGGCAAACGGACGGGUUUUUACGUCCACAGCAAGGCCCAGGGCGACCGCGCGGUGGUGUACGACGACCAGAGGUACGGCACGCGGGGCGUCGUGGACGACGGGAGGCUGGUGAUCUGGCCCGCGGUGGCGCACCUGUCGUGUCGACCGUUCGGCAGGCGAGCGCCUUGGGGCGGCAACGCUCUACGUGCCAACCGGCUCUUCGUGGGACGAGUCGCGUACGGCGUGCGUUGGCUGCUGUGGCAACCGGAGCCGCAGUGCCACGUACGGUUUCCCGCGGGGUUCCGGCGCGCGGUGGAGACGAUGGUGCUGUGCGCGAGGCAGCCCGGGUGCGAGCUGAGCCGGCUGGGCGACGAGGUCAUCUUUUACAUCAUGAACAAGUGCGGCUGGGACUGGUUCGGGGAGAACAUGACGGCGGACGGGCCGUCGUUCGAGGAGAGGAAGGCUGCGGAGCAGGAGGCGUACCGGGCGCGCGAGCGAGAGGAGCGGCGCACCGCGCUGAGGCAGAUGUUCGGCGAGGGGAUGUCCGACCAGGAGGUCGAGAACCUGAUGGAGCAGGUGGACGAUAACCCAAACUUGAACUACAUGCUGCUCAACUAUCUCAUGUACGGAGACCAAGACGACGACGACGACGACGACGGCGGCGAGGAUGAGGAGGCAGAGUGGGACCCUGACGACGACGACGAGGAGGAGGACGAGGAGGACGAGGAGGACGAGGCAGAGUGGGCCCUGAACGCCGACAGUUCCGGCUCGGACGACGACUCUGACGAUCGUUCCGAGGACUUCGAGGACGCCGACGGCGGCGACGAGGACGAGGACGGGGACGGGGAGGAACCCGCCUCCAUGGACGACGACGCGUGA